CAUCUGUUGUACCAGUUUCAGUAUGAGUAUUCACCGAGAUGACUGGAGAUAAGCUCUUUUGUGUGUCCCGCUAAUCGCUCCCAUUAUGUUUUGCAGUCUUUGCCAAAAGCUCUCUACUGAAUUACUAUGGUUCCCAGUAGGAGGAUCGAAGAUUAAUCGCUAGAAUAAUUUCGUUGAUAAAACUAAUUAAGACUAGUAAUACCAACCCCAGAACUAACUGCAACCUUAUUCAUGAUCCAAAUUAUAGGCCUUGUCCUCAAUUUAUUAUUAAGGUUAGGAUAAGGCUUAUAUUAGGGUCCGUAUAUAUACUUGCUGUAAUUGUUAUUAUAACUCUGGUCCUAACUCUAACGAGCUAUUAAUACAGUCUAAAUAGUACUUUAAAAAGGUAAUCCUGGUGAAAUUUGCUCCUUGGUUGCUUAACACUGGCCAUUUCCUUGCUAUAAUAUGGACAGGUAUCAUGAAACAGUGGAUAUCUUGCUUUCUAGGUCAUUAGAGGGUUAACACCCCUGGGAUCCUAUGGUUUAACUUUGCCCAGAAAGUUUCGAAAUUAUGCAGAUGAACACUUUUGGUGACAGAAGCUGUUUGCCGUUCAUUUGUUGGUUUCCGUUAUUGUUGCUGGCUCACAUGCAAAAAUCUGCGAGUCAAUUUAAUGGAGGGAUCGCUAUCAGAUAUGAUAUUAGCAAUAUUUUCGAAGAAAAUAUCAGACCCAAAGAAUUUAAAACAUGGGUUGAAGUUGAAGAAGCUUUCAAACUUUUCGAGAAGUUAACAAACACCCAAUAUAUUGUUAGAGAAUGUAAAUUAAACAAGAAUGAUCCACAUGUGAAGUAUGAUUAUGUGGUGUUUGUAUGCACUUUUGGAUACAAAAGGAAAUCUGAAGGCAAUCGCAUUCGUCGCAGGAAGUAAGUUACCUAUAUUUGUUAAUGCUAAAUGGACUAGGUCUAAAUACAUCGGUUGCGAAUCGAUGGUACGCUUCCGAUAUCAAUCUAAUAAAUUUAUCAUUGCAUCUGCAUUUAUGGUUCAUAAUCACCUUUGCAAUUCUGAGUAUGUAAAAAAGUAUACCAGAGCCCACAAAUUAAAUGAGCCAAAAUUGUAUAGAGUUAAGCCAGUGGUGUCUGUUUCAUCCGAGCCUGAAGAAUUGUCGGCAAUGGAUGUUAGCUACCAGAAACCCGCUACCCAUGACAACCGCUGCACGCCCGUUACACAAAACGAUGACAUCGAAAACUACCAAAAGUUGAAGCGAAAGUUUUGUAAAUCCCUCGACAGAUACGUCAGUGCAGGUUAUGUAAAAGAGGCAACUGCCUUUUUAUUGUCUACAUUUAACCAAUUGAAGGAACUAAAGAUGAACAGAUGAAGCCUCGUUAAGAACGCGAAAUGGCCCUCUUUAGGGCCACCACAUACUUCGUAUGACCAAGUUAAACUCUAAGCACUAGUGAGUACCAGCAGAGUGUGACUGCACCGAUGACCUUGAAAACGCCAAAUAAGCAAGCUAAUAAAACCUGGUAAAUAAUAUUGUAAUCGCAAAUAAAUCAUGUCUAGUGAAGU